AACCUCCGCUGCAGGAGACCCUAAAGCCUGGGCCUCUCGGGGAGCUGACCAGAACAAGGAGGGACCUGAGUACUCUACUUACCAGGGGCCCCUCCUGGCCUCUGCAACUGUUGGAGAGAACCCAGCACGCUUCUUUCUCUUUAGUCCCCAGCCCUACCCCUCUAUACCUGUUAAGGGGCAGCCCAAGACGCCCCCCCCCCCCGAGUCUCUGGUAGUGAUGGCCACUGUCCCCAUGUCCUUGAGGGUGGGAGCAUUCCAAGAAUCAAGCACUUUGGAAAACAGAAGACUUCCGCUUGAGGCCCAACUCUUGUGUUUUUUGUCUUGUGUUUUGAGUCAGGGUCUCACUGUGUAGUUUAGGCUGGUCUUGAACUUACUGUAUAGCCCAGGCUGGCCUCAAACUCAUGGUGAUCCUGCUUCAGCCUCUUAAGUGCUAGGAUUGUAGUCAUACAACACUAUGUUUGUCUGCUUGAACCAAACUUUGUCCCUUGAGUCCUGUGGCAUGAGCAAGUGUCCAUAGCAGUCUUGAGGUAGGGACCCAGAUGUCCACCACCAGCAGAUUAGACAUAUGAACUACAGUAAGUGCAAGCAGCUUUCAGGGACAAGGAAGGUGCUGUGACCCCCACUCUGAAGUCCCAGGGCCCUAGAGCUGCCUUUGGCCUUGGGGGGCCUCAAACGUCUGGGAGUCAGAGCACCUGUCAGGAUGGGUGCCUGGCAGACCUAUGUAGGAAGCAUCAACCAGGCCAGCAAAACCACAGGGCACAGGCGGGACCAGGUCUUCAACGCAUGUCCUGUGUCAGGACCUGUCACAAGUCAGAAACACCUGGGUGCUGAGUGGUCUCCACUGUACUGUGAGGGUCCUUUAGAGUCGCGGCCUGAUGUCAUGCAGGGUGAGGGGCAUCCUGUCAGCUACAGCCCCAGGCACAGGACUGGCACAGAGAAGCCGGACAGCUUGGCCCUGGCCCUGGUUGCUCAGACACCUCUUUUCACCCCUUGGCUUUCUCUGCCCCACCUCUUUCUCUAAAAAUCUCAAGUCCCCUCCCCUAAGGGGAGCAGCCAUCCAGGGUCAGUCCAGCCCUCCUAAUGAGCUCCCAGAAGGGGUCCAGGGCGCCCCAAGCCAGCAGGACAAUUCCAGUGGGCACCCAGAGAGGGGGAAGGUGGGAUGGGAGGAGGGGCUGGGCACGGCAGAGAUGGCCACUGGAUGCUGGAUGCUGAGGCCUGGAGGGUGAGUGUAAGGGCGGCUUUUGCCUUUGCAUCACUGAGGGCUGGAAGGGUUUCAUUUGCCAAAGAGCUUCCCAGGCUUCUCAGGAGUGGGUGAAGAGAAGGGCUAGAGUCUGGAGACUGAGGGGUGAAUGGAUUUAUCCCACCACUCCCUCCCUUGAUGCAGAAGUCCUUAAAAGCCCCAAGGAACACCUGUGGGUUGCCCCCAGGAAGCCACAUUGGUGGGUGUGUAUGUGUGUGUACAGAGGGCCGGAGGUGGCUAGGAGGCGGGUCUGGGCGGAGCCAAGCGGUCAGACACUAAACCUCCAGGGGCACUGGGCCUAAGUGCCAUGGGGCUGCGGGCAGCCCUGUAUGGGCUCGUGCUGCUCAGCGUGCUCAGCCUUGGUUGCUGUCUUACCGAGGGCCCCUGUGGCCCAGGCCGCUUCCUGAACGGGACAGGGAUCAACUCAAGGUGCUGCAGCCUGCAUGCUCUGGGCAAGGCCCACACUACAAGGGAUUGUGAGUGUAUCCAGCCGGAGUAUCAUUGCGCUGACCCUGAGUGUGGGACCUGCAAAUACCACCCUUGCCCACCAGGCACGGAGGUGCAGCCUGAAGGGAAGCUCAAAUAUGGCUUCACGUGUGUCAGCUGUGCUGCAGGGACCUUCUCUCAGGACCGUCAGGGCCGCUGCAAACCUUGGGCAGACUGUGGCCAGUUUGGGUUUCUCACUAUGUUCCCUGGAAACAAGACUCACAACGCAGUGUGCCUCCCAGGGCCACUGCCUAUGGAGCUCCACAGCCAGCUGACCACCAUCCUCCUUGCUGUGGCCUCCUGCAUCCUUGUCCUGACUACUGUCCAGCUGGGCUUGCACAUCUGGAAACUGAGGCAGCAGCCCAUGUGGCCCCAAGAGACCCAGCCUCUCCUGGAGGUGCCACCACCACCUACUGAGGACACCUCCAGCUGCCAGUUCCCUGAGGAGGAGCGGGGGGAGCAGCUGGAAGAGAAGGGCCGGCGAGGGGAACAGUGGGUGUGAGACCUGGUCAUCCCCAGGAGCAGCUUCACCUGAUCUGGACCCUCUGGAGCCUGGUGCUGCUCCCUGGGAUGGUGGAAAUGGGUGGACGAUGGGGCUGAGACAUCAGCUACAUAGAAGAGGGGUGGCCAUGGUGGAGCUCUGUGGCAGGGACAGUGCCACAGCUGCCUCCUCCCUCUAUAGGGUGGCCCUCUGGGCUACAGUGUCUAUGGCCAGACCUGGCCACAGCCUUGUUCUCAAUAAACACUUGUGCAGUGA